AAGGCAGGUUCAACAAUUGACCGGUCCACGCCCGCCUGACAUAAGACAAGACGUGUUUCCCAUCCUUCUUCUAUAAGAGUAGGGAGUAAUCUCACACACCAAAAUGAAGCAACUGCGACCUGCAAGGCCGCACGACUCUCCGAGUUCAUCGCACCCGCACAUACAUCUACUGUCAGCUAUAGAGAAGAUGACGAGAAAAGGCUUGCGAAACCUCUUGCCGUGCAAACCCCUUGGCCGUCGCCACCACCGAGACAGCCCGUCCGCCGCAGCUACUUCUUCUUCUUCUUCUUCUUCGUCUUCGUUGUCGUUGGAGGAGAAGGUGGCAAGAGCAGAGCCGAUUGUUGUCAAAUGGGACCCGGAAUCCUCCGCCUACGCCAAGAUCACCUCCCUCUUCUAUGAAGACCGCUCCGAGGCCCGCCGUUUCCUGGCUGAGGUCUCCGACUUGCAGCGCGCCAUGCUCGUCUUCGUCGCGGCCGCCGAAACCGCGCGCCUUUCCCACCCGUGCCUCGUCCGCGCGCAGACCCUCAUGCAGGCCGCCAUGCGCCGCCUCGAGAAGGAGUUCUUCCAGAUCCUUGCCGCCAACCGCGACCUCCUCGACCCUGAGUCCGUCUCCGUCCGCUCCGCCCGCUCCAGCGUCUCCGAGGAGCCGGACUACGACCCCUGGGAGAACUCCCCAGAGGGGGAGGCGCUCGCGGCCGGUAAGUCUAUCGGCGAGGUCGAGCGCGCCGCCGGCGUGGUCAUGGCUGACCUCCGUGCCAUCGCCGAUACCAUGGUCUUGGCCGGCUACGGCAAGGAGUGCGUCAGGACCUACAAGGCCCUCCGCAAGUCCAUCGUCGACGAGGGCCUCUACCGACUCGGCUUCGAGCGCCUCCCCCCCGCCCAAGUCCAGAAGCUGGACUGGGCGGUGCUGGAGCUAAGAGUCCGGUCUUGGCUAGGCGCCUCCAGGGUCGCCGUCAGGACCCUGUUCCACGGCGAGCGCGUACUCCUGGACCACGUCUUCGCCGGCUCCGACGCCGUCCGGGAAGUCGUCUUCGCUGACAUCGCGGGCGACGCCGCACUCAAGUUCCUCAGCUUCCCGGGGUUAGUGGCCAAGUCGAAGCGGUCCCCCGAGAAGCUGUUCCGACUCUUGGACUUGUACGAUGCUGUCGCCGAGCUGCGACCGGAGAUCGAGCCCAUCUUCUCCUUCGAUUCCACAGCCGCUGUCCGGGCGCAGGCUCUCGCGUCCCUCUCCAAGCUCGCGGAGGCCGCGCGCGCCACCCUCGCCGAUUUCGAGUCCGCGAUCAUGAAGGAGUCGUCCCGGUUGCCGGUCCCCGGCGGAGGGGUCCACCCGAUGACCCGCUACGCCAUGAACUAUAUAUCGCUUCUCGCCGACUACCAGUCCGCCCUCGUGGAGAUCUUCGCCGACUUCCCCAUCCACACCCCAACCCCCAUCCCUCCUUUCUUCUUCGAUACGUCGCAGGCACCGGCGUUGCAGCAGCCUGCUGUCUCCGGUUCUUCCGCACCUCCAACCACCUCCUCCUCCAGCGAAGGGAGCCGCCGCUCGGCAAUUGCCGCGCGCUUCGCGUGGCUGAUCCUCUCUCUACUCUGCAAGCUAGACGGGAAGGCCGCGGCGUACGCUGACGUGGGCCUGUCGUACCUCUUCCUGGCGAACAACCUCCAGUACAUAGUGAACAAGGCGCGGUCUUGCCGGCUGCGGGAUCUGCUGGGGGAGGAGUGGGCGGCGUGGCAGGCUGCGAAGGCGAGGCAGCACGCGGCCGGGUACGAGCGGGCGGCUUGGGGACGGGUGGCGGCGACGAUUCCGACCGGGGAUGUCUCGGCCGGGGAGGCAAGGGGGCGGAUGCGGGCGUUCAGCGCGGCGCUGGAGGAGGCCUGCGCAGCCCAAACCGGGUGGGUGGUGGCGGACGCCGCGAUGCGGGAGGAGGUGAGGGCGACUGUGCGCGGGAUGAUCCUGCCGGCGUAUCGGGGGUUCUACACCCGGUGGGAGGCGGCGCUGGAGGACACAUCGGCGGUGCUGCUCUCGCCGGACGACGUCGGGAACCGACUGGGAGGGCUCUUUCCCGGUUCGGGUUCGCACCGGCCCAAGGAAUCAUCAUCACGGACCGUGUAAUUUAUUGAUCAUUCUUUCUUUGUUUUAUUUUGUUUAAUCCAUUUCAUAUACUUCUUACAUCUUAUACAUCAAAAAUUUAUAUUGUAACACAUUUCACUUUGCUCA